AUGGAAUUCGCCGAACUCAUACUGACGCCCAAGCUGGAUGGCGUCCUGCUGUACGAUCAGUUAAGCGAUCGGCCAAUCGAUGGUACGCUUUGCAUCACAGGACAUCAUUUGAUCCUAAGCACGAGGAAAGAAGGCGCUCAAGAACUGUGGCUGCUGCACCAAAACAUUGACCUAGUCGAACGGAAGCCUAAUAUCGUUAACAACAUCCUCGAGGGCGGUACCAUCAUACUGAAAUGCAAAGAUCUGCGUAUCAUUGCGCUGAAAAUUUCAUCCCCGCAGGAAUACUUCAAUAUUUCCAACUCGAUCGAACAGUUGUCCAACUUGGAGGAGACGCGAAUGCUUUACCCAUUCUUUUACAUUCCGAUGUACAACAUCCUCGAGGAUGGUUACUCACUGUACCGGCCUGAGCAAGAGUUUGGCAAAUUAUUGGCGAACGGUGAUGAGUGGCGCCUGACGACGGUAAACAGCGCGUACCAGGUCUGUCCUACGUAUGGGGCCAAGCUCGUGGUGGCCCGCACCAUAACCGACGAACAGAUCAUCCAAUCGGCCGCCUUUCGCGAUGGUGGCAGGUUUCCGGUGCUUUCCUACCGGCACGCAAACGGUGCGGCCAUGUUGCGCAGUGCACAGCCGCUAGCUGCUCCGGGCGUUACAAAGCGUUGCCGGGCGGAUGAAGCCAUCCUGAAUGCGGUGCUGGGUCGAAGCAAGAAGGGCUUUAUAUUUGACACAUGGGCCAAGGGUAAGAGCAGCACGACGGAAACGGAUCAGCAUUAUUCGCAGUGGAAGAAGGUCACGCGACCAAUCGGUCAGUUCAGUUCCGUGUCGGCGUUGUUAGAUAGUUUUAUCAAAUUGAUGGAAGCUUGCAAUGAUGUGCAGUGCAGCUCGGACAAGUGGUUAUCGCGGCUGGAAAUGUCCAGCUGGCUCGGGUUUGUGCUGAACGCGCUGAAUGCGGCUUGUGUGGUGGCACAGUGUCUCGACCAGGAGGGUAGCCCGGUGCUGGUGCACGGCGGAAAAGGUCUUGAUACAACGCUCGUCGUAACGUCGCUGGUGCAAAUCAUACUUAAUCCUGACAGUCGUACCAUCCGAGGACUUCAGGCGCUCAUCGAUCGAGAGUGGCUGCAGGGUGGUUAUCCAUUUUCCACUCGCCACAAACAUUCCUGCUACACGCCGACAAAUCAGCGACGAAAAAGUUCUAGCGCAACGUUCCUGCUGUUUCUCGACUGCCUGUAUCAGCUGUAUGCACAGUUUCCCUGCAGUUUCGAAUAUGACCAUCGGUUGCUGGUGACAAUGUUCGAGCACAGCUACUUCAGCCAGUACGGUACGUUUUUGGGUGAUUGUGAGCGGGAUCGAGUACAGCUGAAAGUUACCACGCGUACGACAAGCCUGUGGUCGCACCUGAACCGACCGGAGGUUGUAAAGUCCCUGCUAAAUCCAAUGUACGAACCGAAUCCCGCCGUCAUAUGGCCAUCGGUGGCACCUAUCAGUAUUGUGCUGUGGUCUGAACUGUACACGCGCUGGUCGAUUGAUCAGUCCCAGCUGAAGAUAAACUUUGGCCACAUUCAAGCGCUGGUCAGUCGGGAAAAGGAUUUGCGCAGCAGGGUGGUGAAGUUGCGCCGUCAGCUUGCGGAACUGCAGCGAGAGUAUCAGAUAGUACGGAGUGAAAAAAAUGGCAACAACAGUGAUGAACUACACCGACACGCAGAAAUGGACGACCCGGGAGACGAUGGUGACGAAGAAAGUGUAUCGUCCGAUGCACUAGGUUCGAGUAAGUAG